AUGGGUUUGCAGAUGCUAAGAUAGCAAAGAUUGAGUAUGUAUAACUUGAUAAGAUAUAUUAAACUAUUGACAUACAUUUUGAUUUCUUUUCUUCAGGAGUUGAUAAUUUUUAAAAAUUAAUAAAAAUGUUCAAAAGAAAAUAAAGUCAGAUUUACUUAAAUCUCUCUGUUGCCUUAAAAUAAUAUCAAAUUCAUAUUAACGAUCUUUCAAAAAUUAUUGUAAAUUUAUUUUCAGAUAAAAACGAAUCUCCUGAUAAUAUACAAGAAAGAAUAGAUUAAGCUUAUCCAGAAUUUGAACAAACUGUGA